AUGGCAGUCGCAGGCUCACGAAUCUCACUGUCAAGCGCACUGCCCAAGCCACGAUAUGCUGGAGAAGAUGAGGAGCUGCCAACACAUACCCAGCAAAAGGGACCCCGAGUAGUAGAUGCUCGCGAAAUCGAGUCACAGCAAUUAGUGGUGAAGCGUGCUGGUCCACCACCAUAUGGACAGCGACCAGGAUGGCGGCCUCGGAACCCAGAGGACUUUGGGGAUGGAGGUGCUUUUCCAGAAGUGGCCGUGGCACAAUAUCCACUUGAUAUGGGCCGGAAAGGCGCACCUUCUACUUCGAAUGCGUUGGCAAUUCAGGUUGAUGGAGAGGGCAAGGUGAAAUACGAUGCGAUAGCAAGGAGAGGCCAUGGCGUGGGUAGGAUUGUGCAUGCGAGCUUCAAGGAUUUGAUACCACUCCGGCAGCGAGCAGAUGCUGGCGAUGUCAACCUGGAGAAACCGAGUGAGGAGGAGGUUCAGGCGAGUAAAGAGAGGACACAAAAGGCGCUACAGACUCUGGUCGAUGGAACUCUUGCCGCGCAGAAGCCGAAGAACGUCAAGGGUACGACACGCCCAGAGCCCACAUUUGUCCGGUACACACCAGCGAAUCAGAUGGGAGACAACAGCAAGAAGCAGGAUCGUAUCAUGAAGAUCGUGCAGCGACAACAAGAUCCUAUGGAACCACCAAAGCAUAAAGUCAAGAAGAUUCCGCGAGGUCCACCCAGCCCACCUCCACCAGUCAUGCACUCUCCGCCUCGCAAGUUGACUGCUGAAGACCAGGAAGCGUGGAGGAUACCGCCACCUGUGAGCAAUUGGAAGAAUCCGAAGGGUUACACUGUACCGCUAGACAAGCGAUUGGCGGCAGACGGGCGUGGCUUGCAGGACGUGACGAUCAACGACAAAUUCGCCCAAUUUUCCGAGGCGUUACAAACAGCAGAUAGACAUGCACGAGAAGAAGUGCAGCAAAGACAGCGGAUGCAGCAGCGGCUGGCUGAGCGCGAGAAAGAGGAGAAGGAAGAGCACUUGCGCUUGCUUGCACAAAAAGCUCGAGAAGAUCGCGAAGCAGCUGUCUCCGGCCGCCAGUCCUCGGCCAGAGAUGGACGUUCACGUAGCAGAUCAGCUGACAGCCGCUCAUCUUACUCUUCAUACUCUGACCGCUCCGACUCGCGCAGCCGUAGUAGAUCACGAUCACCAGACGACGAGAAAGAGCGCCGUGAACGUGAGCGCGUGCGUGCUGAAAGACGCCAAGAAGCGCAGCGCGAGCUACGGCAGAAGAAUAUGGGUAACGAACGCCGCGUUCAGAUGAUGGCUCGGCAGCAAAAUCGUGAUAUCUCGGAGAAAGUUGCCUUGGGUCUCGCGAAACCUACGCAGAGCAAGGAGACUAUGUACGACAGUCGCCUCUUUAACCAGAGUUCUGGCUUUGCCGCAGGCUUCAACGAAGAUCAGGCUUACGACAAACCACUUUUCGCUGAACGUGAUGCUUUGAACAGUAUUUACCGUCCCAGCGUCGGCAACGAUGAGGACGAAGAUGAUGGUGGUGAGACAAUGGACAAGAUUCAGGGCACGAAGAGGUUCGAGUCGCUGGGUCGUGCGCCCAAGGAGGGUUUCAGGGGUACCGAGACGACAGAGGCGAGAAGUGGACCUGUGCAGUUUGAGAGGGAUCGUGGUGGGAAGCCUGGUGGGGAUGAUCCGUUUGGGGUUGAUGCUAUGAUUGCUGAUGUGGUGAAGAAUACCAAGAGUGGGAAGAGGGGCGCGGAUGAUGAGGAAGUAGGUGGAGGAAAGGGGAAGAGGGCCAGGGUUGACGAUGAUGACAUAAACCGGAAGCCUCAAGCUCCACCUCGCACCUUCGAUCGUGCCCAACAGCAAGUACCGCCCAGGGAGCUUCCGGAAGUUCAGAGGACUUUGAGGGCUGCAAACUAUGACCUCUCACCCGACCAUUAUGGGGCGUUCAAGCCGAAGAUCCUUGCCAUGAUUACUGUCGCCACGCCCAUCGUUGCCGAGACCAGCUGUCUCGCUACCACCCUCCUCCCGCGGACGCCUAUGGCUGGCCUUCCUUAUCAUAGCUCAGCGAAGCUGCAACGCGAUGUGCCGCCUAUGCCAAAGUGGGCUAUCGGUCUCCUCGGCGGCCUUCUGAGCUUCGGACUCGUACUGGCGGUGUUGCUAUACCUCAUCAACUUCCCUCCCCGGCGCCGGAAUCGAGGGUGGCUGCGCAGUCACAACAGAUACGCUAGAGUGUCUCCUCACGAUGACAUCGAAAUGAGUGACUCCAUCUCGACCGCCACGACGAGUGCUGCCGAGAAGCAAGGUAAACCAAGAAAGAGGAACAAGCUCAGCAUUGACACCUCGACGACCCAUCAAGGUCUAGGUAUAGCUGUACACGGCACUGAGACCAGCCCUGCUGUGGCUAUCUCACGUGAACGCCGCCAGUCUUACGAUGAGGUGAAGCUUGCGCCUAGGUCACAGCGAUCGAUGAGUCCAGCACGGUUUGCAUGGGAGGCUGUGACUGCACCGAUACAUAGUAUCAAAGCCUUCGCACCGCUUGUGCAUCUUUGGCAUCCGAAGAGCUCUAGGCCGGCGAAGGAAUACGAGACGAGCUGUGGAGAUCCCGAGCUGGAGAGCGGUACCUAUACUCCUACGAUCGCGAGCACGUAUGGGACGCCCCUAGCUCCUGCAGCAACUUUUCCGGCGCAGCCACCGAGGGGUGAAAAUAUCCUCGAGAGGCUGACUGAGCGGGUCGAGCAUGCUGCUGAUAAAUUGGGCAGGAUGCUCUCUGCGCAGGCCAACGGCGAUCCCGAGGAAGGAUUGCUAUUGCCAGUACAGAUACGUGAGAGGGAAGAUGUCGGUAUGCCUGGUUCGGCAUUCCGGGGUGUCUGUUGA